AUGAUAUGGAAAUGAUCAUGAAAAGCAACCUGCUGCCCUGCUGCACUGUAAGUCCUGCGGUCUGAAAAUAGGAAGGCCACUCCUACACCUCAACCGCAGUGUGUGUGUGACUGAUCAGAAAGCUCUCCAGCGAUGGCCGCCCAGAAGAAGCUUCUAUCACUGGUGGUUUGGAUGCUGCUGAUGACAGCUUUGUGUCCGGGUGCUCAGUACGCGUACAGCAAGCGAGGAGGGUUCUUCAAAGGCCGCGGUAAAGGCGACGAUAAGAAGGUGUCUCCCUCUCAGAGCGGAGGCCUCUCCAAGCAGGGCCUGAAGUGGGCGGGUGCAGCGGCAGCAGCCGGGAUGCUGGGGGGCACGGGCACCGGACUGGGGCUGGGGUUCCUCGGUAAACCGAAGCACGGGUCCAAGAGCCAGCAUGGACACAAGAAGUCGUCCUCGUCCUCUGAGCAGGAACGGCAAGUUUACUACCAGGAGGGCCAACAAAACCACAACCAGUCUCCCUGGAGAUCCUUUGUUAGUGGGGCCGCUCCGACCAACAUGUUUCUCACAGUGGGACGCGUCGUGCCUUUUCUGACCGCGGCCUGGAUAAGAAACUUUUAAUCCGACGUGUGAUUCAUCGUGAAAUAAAAUGAAAGCUCUUAUGAACAAAAUGAACAAGUUCUUUGUUGUUUAAUACAGUUAGGUCUGAAAUGGUAACAUUAAGUUGGAGCUAUAUUUCAGACUGGACCAUUUAAGAUGUGCCAUUUAAACUUCACCUUUUGUUACUUUCAUUAUCAAUUAUUUUGAUACAGUCAUACAAUUAGAAAGGUCUUUGAUGCUGAGGGUGAUACCAUUAACGUCAAGUUAGGAUUUUCACAGAUUUACAAAUUUAAAGUAAUGAAUUUGUUGAAUAAUGCCACACAGACAGAGAAAUCUUUUAUAAUUUUUUUUUUAAUUAACACGUUUAACAUCCAUGGAAAACCAUAUUAGCCGUAUUAUUUCAUGAAUAACACAAAGUGUUUACAAGUGCACAAACAAGGGAUUCAUGUCUAAACUCCCGAUAUGAGCUCAGAAACACAGUCACAGAAUAUCCAGUCCGUACAGGACAUAAGUGCACUUUACAGAUAUUCUACUACAGCAUAUGAAAAAAAAGUGUGAAGUGUUGGAAACUUACGGACCCCUAAGGGGACACGGGGGAAUUUUUUUAUUUAUUUAUUUUUUUGAAGUACCUCAUGAGCACAAGAUAUAUAUAUAUAUAUUUUUUUUAAUAAUUCCCCCAUAUCCCCUUAGCAGCUCCAUGAGAAAUAGAAACGUGAAAGAAUAAAAAGACGGCACAUUACCCAUGCCAUAGGAUGUAUACAAUCAUUUUAAAGAUAUUCUGUACAGUGUUGUUAGGUUGAAAAUUGCAUCAUUGACAGGCUGCACACUGAAUUUGUAUGCUCAGAGGGAAUGAAAAACAAUCAAACAAUCAAGUAAGGAAACGAGCAAAAAUCAGUGUCCAUAAACUUAAAUAACCACAACAGUCAAAUGUUGAAAGUUAACCCUCAAUUAAAGACUACAGCAAAAUGGCCGACAGGGAGUUAAGGGUUUGGGGAAAAACAAACAGAAGUAUUUAUAAAACCAACUAUAUCUGAUCUUUGACUAUCUCACUGUGCUUUGGGAAGAAGAAGGCGAUUAGAGGAAGACGUGGGGAUAUAGACCAGCUCCAGACCAGACAGACGGGCACAGAUCUUCAAACGUACAAUGUGAAAAAAAUCAUCACAUUGGUGCAAUUGUCACUGUUAACGGGCAAGUUAUUACUAAUGCAGUCCAGUUGUAGAUAAGAUUAAUGAAAAAAAAUGAAUUUAAGAAGCCUGUGGUCGAUUCUCAUUUAUAUAUUGGUAUAUUAAAUUAUUCAUCACGGGAAAGAUCUCAGAUCAUUAAUGUGGUCAAAUUAAUGUCGUAAAUUUGGAGUUAUUAAUGGUUUACCGAGAACCAAUCGAUAUCUCACUGCAUUAUGAGAACACUGCCGGGGAUAAGUGUUUAAAUCAAAAUGGGGACGGCUCCCUGCAUAACGACAGAUUUGUUAUAAUGUUGAUCAAACUGCUGACAGAACACAAUGUGACGACAGGGAACGGACUUCCUUGUAAGAGCUGCAGGCAUUAUAAUCUCCCUGAAUUUGUUUUCUACGCAGUCAGUUCUCAAAACGACUAUACUUAAAGAACAUUACAGU